UUUUCUUAGAACCCUAAACCCCGAGUGGUCACCUUGCUUGCUGCCGCUCUCCCUCCAUUACACUGCGUACAGAGAGAGAGAGAAUGAAAUUCCAGUGUCUCCGAGAUCGGAAUCUACUCUGAAACUGAGCUAAAGCUUCCCAUUUUCUCUCUUGCAUCUCCCCAUCCAAGCAAUCGUUGCGAGUGUUCUUCACCAUGUCGGCUUUAUCCAGAGGUCUCAUUUCUCGUUUUCGUCUUCUGUCGAUCAAUUCCGCCGCUUCUCCGAUAAUUACUUCUUCUUCUUCUUCUUCUUCAUGGACGCAUCCGUCUUGUUAUUUCUUCUUCCGUACUUUCAGUACCGAGGGUUCGAUUCAGGCCGGUGAUGGCUCUUCGCUUUCUUCUCCGAUUAUUGAAGCUAAACCUGGUGUUAUGAGCCCUAACUCGAAGCGUACGGGAGUCAUUGCUGUCAAGUGUGGAAUGUCGGCGCUGUGGGAUAAAUGGGGAGCUAGGGUACCCAUCACUGUGCUCUGGGUUGAUGAUAAUAUUGUAUCUCAGGUCAAGACUAUUGAGAAAGAAGGCAUCACAGCUCUCCAGAUUGGCUGUGGACAGAAGAAGGCGAAGCAUUUGACAAAACCCGAGGUAGGUCAUUUUAGGGCUCAAGGUGUUCCAUUGAAGAGGAAACUGAGGGAGUUUCCAGUGACAGAAGACGCCCUUCUUCCAGUUGGUACGACAAUUGGUGUUCGUCAUUUUGUCCCUGGACAGUUUGUUGAUGUGACAGGAAUAACAAGAGGGAAAGGUUUCCAGGGAGUGAUGAAAAAGCAUGGAUUUAAAGGAAUGCCAGCAUCCCACGGAGCAUCAUUAUCCCACAGAAGCCUCGGUUCUACAGGUCAGAGGGAUGCUCCUGGAAAGGUUUUUAAAGGUAAGAAGAUGGCUGGUCGUAUGGGUGGGAAGCAGAGAACUGUGAAAAAUGUGUGGGUCUACAAAAUUGAUCCUGCAAGAAACUUGAUGUGGGUUAGAGGACAAGUCCCGGGCGCCGAAGGAAACUUUGUAUUUAUAAAAGACGCCUUCUACAAGAAACCCAACAAGUCGAUCCUUCCAUUCCCUACCUACUUUGCGAACGACGACGAGGACACAGAGACGUUGGAACCUCUCGUUGCUGAUCUUGGAGAAGUAGAUCCAUUCAUGGUUGGAGAAUGAUAGGGAGUUGGGCUUUUCAGUGCAAGUUCUUCGAUUUCGCUCUGUUUUUUUCGAUCUUUUCAGCUACUGAUGACCCUUUUUCGAGUAGAAACGCAGCUGGAGGUUCUGUAUGAGGCAAUCCAAUCUCCUUAUACGAUGGGAAUUUACCAUUUACUUUUCUUUCAACUCAAAACUUGUACCGGAAAAUGCCAUUUUGAAAUAAAGGAUAGAGAAAAAGCUAUGAUUAUUGAGGUUUUUUGUUGAUGUUUAUGUGAACUUGGAGAAAGAGAUUGUUUAUGGCUGCCGUCGCCUCUCUUCAUUUGAA